AAGGCUGUUUACUUCCUCUCUUCAAGUCAACCAGGUCCCCUUAGGGCUCUGAUAUCUGUGGUGACUUGUCUACUCUAACGCACAGCAUGUGGCAGCUGCUACCACCAACGGCUCUGCUGCUUCUAGUUUCAGCUGGCACGCAGACUGAUCUCCCAAAGGCUGUGGUGCUCCUAGACCCUCAAUGGGACCGGGUGCUCAAGGAUGACCAUGUGACUCUAAAGUGCCAGGGGGACUACCCUCUUGGAGACAAUUCCACACAGUGGUGGCACAAUGGGACGCUCAUCUCAAACCAGGCCUCCAGCUACUUCAUCACACGUGCCAAAGUUGAGGAUAGUGGAGACUACAAGUGUCAGACAGGCCUCUCCACACUCAGCGACCCGGUGAAGCUAAAAGUCUACAUUGGCUGGCUGUUGCUCCAGACCCCUCGGUGGGUGGUCCAGGAGGGAGAGCCCAUUCAGCUGAAGUGUCACAGUUGGAAGAAUACUACUGUAGAAAAGGUUCAAUUUUUCCAGAAUGGCAAAGGCAAGAAGUUUUCUUAUCAGAAUUCUGACUUCUACAUUCCAGAAGCAAAACUUGAACACAGUGGCUCCUACUUCUGCAGGGGGAUUAUCGGGAGGAAAAACGAGUCUUCAGAGGCUAUGAACAUCACUGUUCAAGGUCAAGAAAGUCCACCAUCCAGCUCGUCAUUCUUUCCACCUUGGCACCAAAUCACUUUCUUCCUGGUGAUGGGACUCCUGUUUGCAGUGGACACGGGGCUGCAUUUUUCUGUGAAGAGAGACCUUCGAAACUCAAAGGAGGACUGGAGGAAUAGCAAAGUCACAUGGACUCAGGGCCCUCAGGGCAAAUGAGGGUAAUAAAAGCAGCAUCCCCAUCCCAUGGGGGUGAUAAAAGAAGCAUCUCUGAACCUCUUUCUAAAUUCACAGCCCCACCAUGCCCAACAGGCAUCUCUGGGAGCAGCAGGAAAAUUACACCUCAGACUCUAGGCUGAGGGUCCUUCACCCAACUCUGUUUUCUCUUGGUCUCCUACGGAAAGGAAGGGACUGUGAUCUUCAGGGGCCAACAGUGAAGCCCCAGUAAGCAGCUGCAUUACCAGGAAUAGAAGUCUCAGAGCGACAAUGGAUGCUUUCUCUAUUCUAACCAUUCCGUCCCAGCAAAGCAACAAUACAGACUCUUGAUGAUUACCCUUGAUGUAUGAAUAUUGUCCUUAAAUAAAUGGAUAUGUAAAUAAGAGAAUUCAUGGUUGAGAACCAGCUGGAUAGUAGUCUGCAUCUGUUGCUGCAGGGCUGGCUGCCUUCAAGUCACCCUAAAACUCCUUCUAGACAGACUGCGGGUACGUCUGGGGGGUCUAGGGGAGACAGCAGAACCAAUGAAGGGGGUGGCUAAGAAAGAGCAGGGUAGUCCAGGAAAGACCAGAGAAGACCGCCACCUGGGCUGUCUUCCUAGAAUAUGAGCCAUGGUAGAGGUAAAAGAAAAUCACAGAGGUGAUGCAGAAUAGAGUUUUUCAGGGGGGCCCAUGUCAGAAUUGGGAUGGUCUGCAAGUAUACGAUGAUCAACCCUCUUAAUGUCAUGAGUAGGAAAUGGUCCAGGAAGGGGUGUAGGGGUUGGAGGAUUUAGAAAAGAAAGCACAGAAUAAAGCCAUUGGAAGGAGAGCAACAUUGCUGUCCCAGAUUAAGCUCAGUGAACAGAGAUACCUCCGCAUCCAAACAGAGGAAGCAUGAGAAGAAGUCAACCACAACUGCACAGGAAGGAAUGGGUAGGAGGUGAGAAUGCUUUUACUGGGCACAAUAGUGAGAAUUAGAGAGCAGUGGCAGGGACUAUAAAACCAGCUUUUCCGUUUUAGUAUCAAAUUCACAUAUAGCUUUGAUCACAUCAUCCUUUAAACAGAUGUUGGAUAACCAAUAUUAAAUGUACUAAACUCUACUGAGUUAAAUUAUGAAACUUUGAAAUCCCUCAGCAUGUCAGUAACAAUGGAGUAGAGGUGGAGAAGGCAAUCACUGCUUAUAGAAGAAAGCUUUAGCUAUCUCUCUUUGUGUUUCAGAAGUUUUAAAUAGAACCAUUUCUUGAUUUCAGCAAGGCAUUUUACAAGAUCCUGCUUCUACUGUCAGACAGAAGAUGGAAAAACCAUGGUAAUAAAACAAGAAUGAAAAAAUCCUCUUUUCCUCCCAUUGUCCAAAAUUCUAUCAGUGAAAUGAAGCAGGACCCUAUGGUCCUUGUCCCCCAUGUCCUCUGCCUGCCUUUUGUCUGUGGAAAAACUUUAGCCAAAGA